AAGGCGAAAAGCGUUCCCGUGAAGUAUAAAUAGAGUGUUUGUUGAGAGAGUUUGCAAUAAUCAUCUUGUGCAAUUCCAUUAGAGAGAGAGAGAGAGAGGGUGCGUGCGAUCGAAUUGGAAUAGGGGUUUAGCAUCGUUCUUAUGCAAGGAAGGUUCUCCGUUUGGAUUUUGAUCGAAACAAUAGGAUUAUGAUAUAUUUUGAGAAGUUGCGUUUCUCUCCCCAUCUCAGCCGCUUCAUUGCCGGCAUUUUGCUGUUAAUUUUUUGCAAUUCGUUUCAGUUAGUAUCCAAUUUCCCCAUUCCUAUACAGCCUUGAACAACCCUCUCCAAUUCGAUUCGAUUUCAUUUCAUUUGAUUCCAUAAUCGUUCCUUCAUUCCUAUUCGAUUCCCUCCCUCUCUCUCGCUUUCGAUUCCCUCGCCCAACAUGGACCCUAAUCACAUCUUCCCCGAGCGUUUCGUCGAUGGUAAAAUUGCCUCACUCAUUGAGGGCAAAAACAGACCACCCCCUUCCGUUAUUGUGAUUGGUGCAGGAAUAUCUGGAAUUGCUGCAGCUCGAAGACUCUAUGAUGCAUCUUUUAAGGUGACUGUACUGGAGUCACGAGAUAGGCUUGGGGGUCGAAUUAAUACUGACCACUCAUUUGGUUGUCCAGUUGACAUGGGAGCCUCAUGGUUACAUGGAGUCUGUAAUGAGAAUCCAUUGGCUCCAUUGAUCCGUGGCCUGGGGCUUUCAUUAUAUCGUACCAGUGGUGACAACUCUGUCUUGUAUGACCAUGAUUUGGAAAGUUAUAUGCUAUUUAACAUUGAUGGUAAUCAAGUUCCACAACAAUUGGUCGUUGAAGUAGGAGACACCUUUAAGAAAAUUCUGGAAGAGACAGGGAAAGUGAGGGAGGAAUGUCCGGAUGACAUCUCAGUUUCCGAAGCUAUUUCAGUUGUGCUAGAUAAGCAUCCAAAACUAAGGCAAAAAGGACUUGCCCAUGAAGUGCUGCAAUGGUUUAUAUGUAGAAUGGAAGCUUGGUUUGCUGCUGAUGCAGAUAUGAUUUCACUAAAAACCUGGGAUCAGGAACAUGUGCUCUCUGGUGGUCAUGGACUCAUGGUGCAAGGAUAUGAUCCUGUUAUAAAAGCUCUUGCAAAAGAUAUUGACAUACGGUUGAAUCACAGGGUGAAAAAGAUAUCCAGUGGUUACAACAAGGUAAUGGUCACGGUGGAGGAUGGCAGGGACUUUGUUGCUGAUGCUGCUAUCAUAACUGUUCCUAUUGGAAUCCUAAAAGCCAAUUUAAUUCAAUUUGAACCAAAACUUCCUGAUUGGAAGGUUUCUGCAAUAUCAGAUCUUGGUGUGGGUAAUGAAAAUAAGGUUGCCCUAAGAUUUGACAAAGUAUUUUGGCCUAACGUAGAACUCUUGGGCAUGGUUGCUCCGACUUCUUAUGCCUGUGGUUAUUUUCUUAAUCUACACAAAGCAACAGGCCAUCCUGUUCUUGUCUAUAUGGUAGCUGGAAGGUUUGCUUAUGACAUCGAGAAGCUAUCUGACGAGGCAGCCGCAAAAUUUGUAAUGAAACAGCUCAGGAAGAUGUUUCCAAAUGCUUCUGAGCCAGUUCAGUAUCUUGUGUCUCGAUGGGGAACAGAUCCAAACUCUCUCGGUUGUUACUCAUAUGAUUUAGUUGGAAAACCAAAUGACGUGUACGACAAGCUUCGUGCACCAGUGGGCAAUCUAUUCUUUGGAGGGGAAGCUGUAAGCUUGGACAACCAGGGAUCUGUGCAUGGAGCCUACUCUGCUGGGCUUAUGGCUGCUGAUAAUGUUCAGACAUAUCUUUCAGAGAAUCAAGGCCACGCUGAAAAGCAGCCUCUAGUUUCUGUUAGGCAUGAAAUGCUUGCGACUCUUAUACCUCUUCAGAUCUCCAGAAUGUGAUUUCAGACAAUGAAUCUGCAUAACGCAAUGGCCAAAUUAGCCAUUCGAUAUAACGAAUUGUAUCUGUUCUUUAAGUAACCAAACCCCAUUUCCUCUUAUUAUCCUCACUGGAGUUGAACAGUUUUUUUUUUUGUUUUUUAGCUUGGCUUAUUAAGAUGUAUGUAGCUAUGUUAUCGUGGUUGAUCCCCACAAUGUGGGUGUGUACUACUUGUAGGUAGCUUCUCAACGUUUUCCUUAAUCAACAUCUUGGCAGACAAUGUGCUUUCUUUCCUUAAGCUAGUUUGUUUGUUAGUCC